AUGAGUGUCAACAGCACAGAGGUACCGGAACUCAGUAAUCUACCACCUAACAUCCUCGAUGCAUUAAUACCGGGCUACAGUCUCAUCUCAGGCUACGUGGCAGUGUACCUCGGACUGGACAUUUCUGUAUUCGUAUCAAUUGGUGUCAUCUUCUUCGCAGUCACCAAAGGUUGGCAGUACCUGCGAGGAUGGGCGGAGAGAGCUUUCAGCGCCGUCUUCAUGUCCUCCGUCUACAUCGAUGAGCAUGACGACCUAUUCGACAUGGUCAUGGCGUGGCUGGCUGCACACCAGGCAGCAAGCUCUCGCAGUAGGAAAAUGCGGGCCAAGACGCAACGCGGAUCAAGAGCGGAGGAUGCGUACGACGCAUCUGCAGACGAUGCUCUAGAUGAGAACGGUAUGUUCAACUUCAACAAGUGGUCUGCACGAACGCCGCCACGCUUCGAACCAUACUACGGCCGACAGUUCGUCUGGCACAAAGGUAAUAUUUUCUGGUUCAGGCGGUCUUUGCGAUCUAGCGAAGGUCAACGGGUGCAGGUAAGCUUUGGAAACGUACAGGAAGACGACAUCAUUCAGCUUGAUUGUAUCGGCCGGAGCAUAGAACCAAUCCAAGAUCUGCUGCGGACCGUGAAGAUAUGGUCGUCCAACAGAGAGAGUGGAAUGACCACCAUCCGUCACCCCACGCCUAAGGAUAGGGCUCGGUUCGCUGGAACCUGGGCGAAGACUUCCGCACGACCCUCUCGUCCAAUGAGCACAGUCAUCCUAGAUGCCGAGCAGAAGAACAUGAUUAUCAAGGACAUGAAUGAAUAUCUGCAUCCGGCAAGCCCGAGGUGGUACGCCACUCGCGGCAUUCCGUACCGACGCGGGUAUCUUUUUCACGGACCACCCGGGACAGGCAAGACGAGCUUGUCGUUUGCUUUAGCUGGUAUUUUCGGUCUGGAGAUAUACGCCAUCAGCCUGCAGGAGCCGAGCUUGACCGAAGGCGACCUGAUGCAGUUGUUCAACGGUCUCCCACGGCGCUGUAUUGUUCUGCUGGAGGAUGUAGAUGCUGCGGGCCUAACGCGCGACGGCGCAAGCGAGGACGGUAGCAAGACUCUUGGUCGACGAGGCAAGAAAGAAGGCGACGGCAAAGACGCCGGUGAGGAGAAAAAGCAAGACCCUCAAGACAAACCCAAGAAGGACGAAGAGUUCACCCUAAAAGAUCUUGCCAAAGAGCUAAAGUCCAUUUGCGCUCCACGUCAAGCUCCGCGAGCUCCUGAGAAUCAGCUCGAGGCACAGUCCCAGGCUGACCUGGAAGACCUGGCUGUAGAAUUCGCCAGCCAUGUGCCAGACGAUACAUUCACGCCGGCGGAGGUGCAGAAUUUGCUCAUGAGGUACAAGAAAGAGCCUAAGACGGCAUUGGCGAUGGUGCAGUCAUGGAUGGAAGAGACAUUGGCGGAGAAGGAGAAACCAGGUGACGGAGACGGCGACGUUGCUGCUUCGAAGAUCAUUACGAACGCAGACAAUGGAAGAUAA